AUGCUUAUCGCAGUGCUGGAGACUCCUUCACAUGCGCUUUUCCAUACCUGCGCGUUCAACGGGAAGAUUAAUGAGCUUAAAGGUAGAUUAUUUCGUGCCGCUCAGUCAUCACGGAAACAAAAUGUUGCGACAGAGGACGUAAUUGAAGAGACUCGUGCCAUGUUAGAAUUUGGCUUAACACGUGAGCAUCUUCAGAAUCUCCCACGGAAGGAGCUUUUUCCCAAGAAAGCAGUGUAUAAUGUAGAAGAUGUUUACCACAAAGCGUUACAGGUGCAUGGUAGUGAAAGAGGUAUACAUCAAAGAAUGCGAUUAUAUCAAAGAUAUUUAUAUCAAAACCCGUUGUUUGAUGAGCGAAAACAAAAGAAAAACCAAUCAAUUUUACUUGCUGCAGAAGUAGUUAAACUUCGAUUUUAA